UCACAUUUUCAUGUUCCCAUUUUACACAAAUAUUAGAGGAUUUGUGUCAAACAAAUGCCUGCAGCUCAUCGACGAUGAACAUAUAAGAAUGAAGUCCUACGGCGGAUGCGAUUGCUUGUUGAGAGAGACUCAUGGACUACCUUGCGGUUGUGAACUUGCAGGUUAUGAAAGAAUUCCAUAUGAGUCAAUUCAUCCAUUCUGGAAGAGACUGAGUUGGGAGCAUGUACCUGAACCUGUUGCAGAUACUAUCAGCAACCAUAUUUGCGGCAUGAACCAUGGAGAUAUGCAACCAGAAGUUGAGGCAUUGACACAUUAUUUCAGUUCUUUGGAUACUGGAGGGCAGAGUAUGGUAAGGAGGAAGCUUCAAGCUAUCUAUUGUCCUGAAAGCAGUUCACUUUGUACUCCUGAGGUUCAGAUAAGGUCCAAGCGCACUCUUAAGGCGAACGAAAGAAAACCACCCAAGGUUAAAGCAAUAGGAUCCUUGACUCGUGAUCCUUCAGGUUUUGAGCAUGUUGAUAGGGAGAUCAAAGAGGCAAAGAAGGCUUCGCAACCACCAAAGAAGAAGAAGCGUGUGAAGAAGUCUGAUACAAGUUAUUUCAUGGGUCAUUUUCCAUCCUUUUUCCACCCAUAUAUACACACAGUUCAGAAUGUUGAGGACGAUGGUAACUGUGGCUAUAGAGCCAUUGCUGCAUUACUGGGACUACCAUCAGGUGAGGAAGGUUGGCCAUGUGUUAGGGAAGCGUUGAUAGACGAACUUGAACGACACAGAGGAUUGUAUGAUGAAAUGUGGUCCAGACAUGUGGUUAAUGCCUUACAUUCUCGACUCACUCUUCUUCCUGGUCAUCCGGCUACCGAGGAUAAAUGGAUGCAACUGCCAGAGAUGGGAUACCUUGUAGCAACCAGGUUCCAAGUGGUUUUCAUAUCCAUCUCUUCUCAGGGUUGUUGGUCAUACCUUCCACUAAGAGGAGAAGGUCCACCUCCUGUACAUCGUGUUAUAGCUGUUGGUCAUGUGAUAAAUCACUUUGUACAGCUCCAUCUAACUCCUGGACAUUCUAUGCCGCCAAUUGCUCUCCAGUGGGAACGGUAUGUUGAUCCUAUAUCAGUAAGCUGGUGCGUCCCAUAUGUUACACGUUUACACAGGUUCACAUCAGAAUUAGAAGCUUGGUUUGUUACUUUUGGUGUUCCUCUUAGUCACCAAAGCUAUGUAGACAUCACCACAGACUGACGCCACACUUUGUGUAAUAUUCAUUUGUAAACGCUCUGUAAUAUUAAUCUGAUGGGCCUUGCCCUUAUGUUGUUCAUUGCUGCUUUUAAUAAUAGUAAUUUGAUGGUCAUUGGUAUA